CCGGGCAUCCCCUCCCGCGGCCGCCCAUCCCCGCGGUGCCCGGCCGCCCCAUGCACCCUCCGGGCGCGGCGCUCGCCAUGGCCGAGGGCGCGUUCUCGCUGUCGGCGCGGAGCCCCGGGGGCGGCGCGGCGCGGCUGCACAGCAUCGAGGCCAUCCUGGGCUUCCCCAAGGAGCCGGGGCUGCUGCCGCCCUUCGCGCCCGAGGGCAGCGCCGAGGAGCCCGAGCGCCGCGGGUCCCGCCCGCGCCUGCCGCCGCCCGAGCGCUGCCCCGGCGAGCGGGGGGCCGCCCCGGGCUCCCCGCAGCCCCCGGGCCCCGAGCCGAGGCCGCCCGAGGACGAGCAGCCCAAGAAGAAGCACCGCAGGAACCGCACCACCUUCACCACCUUCCAGCUGCACGAGCUGGAGCGCGCCUUCGAGAAGUCCCACUACCCCGACGUCUACAGCCGCGAGGAGCUCGCCAUGAAGGUCAACCUGCCCGAGGUCCGCGUGCAGGUGUGGUUCCAGAACAGACGGGCCAAGUGGCGGCGGCAGGAGAAGCUGGAGGUGACCUCCAUGAAGCUGCAGGACUCGCCCAUCCUCUCCUUCAACCGCUCGCCGCAGGCAGCACCCAUGGGUGCUCUCGGCACCAACCUGCCGCUGGAGACGUGGCUCAGCCCACCGGUGCCCAGCAGCACAGCCCUGCAGAGCCUGCCCGGCUUCGUGGCGUCGCCGCAGAGCCUGCCCGGCAGCUACACGCCACCGCCCUUCCUGAACUCUCCAGCCGUGACCCACGCGCUGCAGCCCCUGGGAGCCAUGGGGCCGCCGCCGCCUUACCAGUGCGGGGCCACCUUUGUGGACAAGUUCCCCUUGGAUGAGGCAGACCCACGCAACACCAGCAUUGCCGCCUUGCGGAUGAAGGCCAAGGAGCACAUCCAGUCCAUCGGCAAGCCCUGGCAGACAAUCUGAACUCCUUCCUCAGCGCCUGGGAGAAACCCGCCGGGAAGACGGUCCUGGGACGCCUGAGGGACUCCCUUGCCCUGCUCUGGCUGCCCACAGCCAGGCGAGGGAGGGCACAGCCUCCCCCCUGCGCAUUGACUUGCUUUGUAUUUUGUGGUCCUUUUAAUUCCCUUUUCCACAUGCCCUGCAGAGUUAGGGGCCUGAUCAUAGCUUAGGAAAACCACCUCUUUUGCUCUCCCUCCAGGGCUGGACGCUGUAGUUGGAAUAAAAGCUGCAGUAGGGCACGGAGCUGUGUGAGGUGGCUGGAACAGCCGAUGGUGUUACCCAGGGAUGGAUUCCCGCUUUGGCACCGUUAGAUGGCACAGAAGGCUGUGCGUCAUGUUUGUGCACCAAGUGGGCUGCUCGGGCUGGACCCUCUGCUGCCUGUGAUGUGCAGAGGGCUCUGCCAGGCCUGGCCGUGGGGUCUCCUUGUCCUGCUCCAACAGCAGAACCCUGCCCAAACCUGCUUCACCCACCCCUGAGCCCUCGCAGCUGCCCCUGUGAGGUUCGGGUGGGCUUCACCCACCCCUGAGCCCUCACAGCUGCCCCUGUGGGGUUCGGGUGGGCUU